UUAGGUUUUUGAUGACAGUACCGAUGACGCAUGUUGUGUAAAUUGUAUAAGAUUCAUUAAUUUAAUAAUAAAAACAAAAAUAUUGUAUUAAAAAUAUUUUAUAUAUUAUUAAUAAGUGCUGAGUUAUAAUAUGUAAGAUAACAUUAAUAAAAAAAUUAAUUAUAUUGAUUUAAUUAUGCUGAGAUUGUAAUUAUAAAAUAAAAUUUGGUUAACAUGAAUAAGAAAAAAGAUGUACAAAAUUAUACAUCAGAAAUGAUUGAAGAUGAUAAAAAUAAAAUUAGUGAUAGGCAACUAAUUGUUUCUAGUGAACAGGAUAAAAAUUUAGAAGAAGAAUUAUUGCGUUAUGUAGCAAAGAGUAAGGCAAUUUUUAAAAGUCAACAAAAAAAUGAUCCAGAUUUAACUUUUGAAGAAAAAUUAACAAUUGCUCGUAAUAUUCUUCAAAAAAGUAAUUGUUUAUUUUUGUCUAAAUUUGGUCAUUAUAUGAAAAAAGAACAUUUAAAAUUAUUUGAAAAAAGUAAAGAUGAAGAUUAUGAAGUUGCUUAUCAUUUUAACAGAUUACAAAGAUAUUUUAAUAAUUCAACAAGACAAACAGAUGUUAGAAAUAGAAGAUAUCAAGCAUUAAAAACUUUAAUAGAAGAAGGAGAAUAUUUUAGUGAAUCUGAAAUGAUGAAAAGAAAUCCAUUGUUAUAUGAACAUUUAAUUGGACAAUAUAUGACUGAAAAACAAAAGAAAAUUAGAGAUAAUAUAGAUACUAAAAAUAUUACUUUUGUAAAUUUAUUGAUGGAAAAUAUUGAAAGGGAUAAUUUAAAGAAAAAACAGAAAUUACAAGAGGAAGAAGAACAAAAUGUACUAGAAGAAAAUGAUUCAGAUGAAGAGCAAAUAGAUAUAUGUGCUUCAAAGAAUAAUGAAAAAGAAGAAUAUUGGGGUAAAACAUCUAAUUUCAAAAAUAUAGUACAGCAUAAAAAUGAAACAUUAAAAAAUUUUCAUUGUAUUUCAAAGACAGAAAAACAAAUACUUAAACAAGAGUUUGUAACAAACAUGUAUCAAAAUUUUUUGGAUGGAAAAGAUACAGAUUUUGAUUAUAGCACUGUUGAUGAUAAUGAAACAUAUGAUAAUAUAGAUUUAAAAACCCAGGAUGAAGAAGAUAAAUAUUUUGAUUCAGAAUCACCUGAAACUAUAAGACCAACUGAAGAUCCAAAUGAAAUUGAAAGUGAGGAUGAACUGGAUAUAUAUAUGAAAUCAUUGAAGCCAAUGACACCUGCUAUAACUGGAGUUGAAGAACAAGAAAAACUACUUGAGGAUGCAAUUGGUGUAGUCAAAGUGCAAGCUUUUCAAAUGAAACAUUGUCUGGAUAAAUCCAAAUUAAUGGAUGCAUUAAAACAUGCAUCUACGAUGUUAGGAGAACUUAGAACUUCUCUUUUAAGUCCAAAGAGUUAUUAUGAAUUAUAUAUGGCAAUUACUGAUGAAUUAAGACAUUUAGAACUUUAUUUAUUAGAUGAAUUUCAAAAAGGAAGAAAAGUUACAGAUUUAUAUGAAUUAGUACAAUAUGUUGGAAAUAUUGUACCUAGAUUAUAUUUACUCAUCACAGUAGGAUUAGUAUAUAUCAAAACAACACCUGGCUUAAAAAGGGAUCUACUAAGAGAUUUAGUAGAAAUGUGUAGAGGUGUUCAACAUCCUUUAAGAGGUCUUUUCUUAAGAAAUUAUUUAUUACAAUGUACUCGUAAUAUUUUACCAGAUGUUGCUGAAGAAGAUGAUGAAGAUGGAAAUGUCCGUGAUAGUAUAGACUUUGUCUUAAUGAAUUUCGCAGAAAUGAAUAAAUUAUGGGUACGCAUGCAACAUCAAGGUCAUACUAGAGACAGAGAAAGAAGAGAAAGAGAAAGAGAAGAACUUAGAAUUUUAGUAGGAACUAAUCUUGUACGACUAAGUCAAUUGGAAUCAGUUACUUUAGAGAAAUAUAAAAAGCUUGUCUUACCAGGAAUUUUAGAACAAGUGGUCAGUUGCAGAGAUGCAAUUGCUCAGGAAUAUCUUAUGGAAUGCAUAAUUCAAGUUUUUCCUGAUGAAUUUCAUCUACAAACAUUAAAUGCAUUUUUAAAGUCUUGUGCUGAAUUACAAAAUGGUGUGAAUGUAAAAAACAUAAUUAUUUCAUUAAUAGAUCGUCUUGCAGCAUUUAGUCAAAGAUCAGAUGGUGUGGGAGGGCCAGGAAGUCCUAAUCAAGUACCAGGAAUUCCACAGGAUGUAAAACUUUUUGAUGUUUUCAGUGAUCAAAUAGCUAUAAUUAUACAAACAAGACAAGACAUGCCUCCAGAAGAUAUAGUUUCUCUUCAAGUGGCUCUUAUUAAUUUAGCACAUAAGUGUUAUCCUGACAGAGUAAACUAUGUGGAUAAAGUUUUAUUAACGACUGUUCAAAUAUUCCAAAAACAGAAUGUUGAUAAACUUGAGUAUAAUAGUGCUGUAUCAAGAGAGUUAGUGAGAUUAAUGAAAAUUCCAAUAGAUAAUUAUAAAAACAUAUUAACUGCUUUAAAACUUGAACAUUUUGCUCCAUUACUUGAUUAUUUUGAUUAUGAAGGCAGAAAGUUGUUAGCUAUUUAUAUAAUAACAAAUAUUUUAGAAAAUGAGACUUUAAUACCAACUCUAGAACAAGUAGAUGCAGUUCUUUCUAUGGUAUCUCCAUUAGUACAAGAUCAAUUAGAUCAACCAAAUAUAGAAGAAGAUCCUGAAGAUUUUGCAGAAGAACAAGGUCUUCUUGGUAGACUGAUUCAUCACUUUAAGUCAGAAACAGCUGAUCAGCAAUACAUGAUAUUAAGUGCUGCUAGAAAACAUUUUAGUGCAGGUGGAAAUAAAAGAAUAAAAUAUACUUUACCACCAAUUGUUUUUCAGGCUUAUCAACUAGCUUAUACAUAUAAAGGAUUGAAGGAUCAAGAUGAAAUGUGGCAAAAAAAAUGUCAAAAAAUCUUUCAAUUUUGUCAUGCAACUAUUACAGCUUUAAUGAAGGCUGAACUGGCUGAAUUACCAUUGAGAUUAUUUCUACAAGGUGCAAUAGCAAUAGGUGAAAUUCGUUUCGAUAAUUUUGAGAUGGUUGCUUAUGAAUUUAUGAGUCAAGCAUUUUCAAUAUAUGAAGAUGAAAUAAGCGAUUCUAAGGCACAAUUAGCAGCUAUUACAUUAAUCAUUGCAACAUUCGAACAAAUGAGUUGUUUUUGUGAAGAAAAUGCGGAACCAAUACGCAACCAAUGUGUUUUAUAUGCUAGUAAAUUAUUAAGAAAACCAGACCAAUGUAGAGGUAUCGCUACUUGCUCUCAUAUAUUUUGGUCAGGAAAAUCAUUAGCAACUGGCGGAAAAGAGAUGCAAAAUGGAUAUAAAGUAUUGGAUUGUUUGAGAAAAGGUAUUAGAAUAGCAAGUCAAUGUAUGGAUACUUCAGUUCAAGUACAACUUUAUGUGGAAUUAUUAAAUCAUUAUAUAUAUUUCUAUGAAAAAGGCAAUACUAUGUUUACUGUUGAUAUUAUAAAUCAAGUAAUAGCAAAAAUUAAAGAAGAACUUCCGAAUUUAGAAGUUAGCGAAGAAACAGAACAAAUUCAAAAACAUUUAGCUAACACACUAGAACAUUUAAGGAAUAGAAUGGAAUCUCCAGAAGCUGAUGGUGUAUCGUAUCAAGGACUUGUCCUCUAAUGUAAUUAUUGUAAACAACAAUUUUGUACAUAAAGCAAUCGCCAAUUAUUUUACGAAAUGAAUAUAGAUUUUAAAAAAACGCUUAUUAGAUAUAAAUUAUCAUAAUUUAAAUCAUAUCAAUUUACAUGUAAAAUUAAAUUGUUAAUAAUGAUGUAUUAUAUUAUUUGUUAAUAAUUCGUAAAAUAUAAUUUUUAUAUUUGUUUUGACGGAAAUUGUAUUAAUAUUGUUGAUUUUUUAAUUCAAAAAUUAAAAAAUAUAAUUCAA